CACAUCUGCACGUGGAAAAAGACAAGCGGAGGAGACUUCUCAAAGAAAUAAAUAUUGCAAAUAAAUUAAAUAAAAACGUAGUGCCUUUCCAAAUUCGAAAAUUUAUGGAGUAAACAUUUCAAAUACCUUGAAGGACAAAAGCAACUAAUUCAACAUGGGUAAACAAAAGAAAACACAAAAGGCGAAAAAGCAAAGGACUGCCCAGCUGGCACGUCUGCUGAAACCCACCGACUCACGGAUCAAAGAAGAGUUGCGUAAAAAGCGCAAGAAGCCCAUCGAUCCACUACAAAUCAAAGUCAACCAAGCGCCCCAACAAAGUUCCGCCCUGUUCUUCCAGUACAACACACAACUCGGUCCGCCAUAUCACAUUGUGUUGGAUACGAAUUUCAUCAACUUUAGCAUUAAGAACAAAUUGGAUAUCAUCCAGGGUAUGAUGGAUUGUCUGUAUGCCAAAUGUAUUCCGUAUAUAUCGGAUUGUGUACGAGCGGAAUUGGAAAAGCUAGGCAAUAAAUAUAAGUUGGCCUUAAGAAUUAUAUCCGAUCCAAGAUUUGAACGUUUGCCCUGCUUGCAUAAAGGCACCUAUGCUGAUGAAUGCAUAGUGAAUCGGGUGCAGCAACAUAAAUGCUAUAUUGUGGCGACAAAUGAUAAGGAUCUAAAGAAUCGUAUCCGCAAAAUACCCGGUGUACCGAUAAUGUAUGUGGCGGCGCAUAAAUACGCCAUCGAACGUAUGCCCGAAGCAUAUGGUGUCAAGGCGUAGUAGUUUUAAUUGUAUUUUAGGGCCCAGACGUGUUAAAUAAUAAAAAUAAAUUGUAAAAAAAAAUCAAAGUGAAUUUAACAGCGGAUGUUAAGGAUCUAGUGGAAAACUUAUUGAACCAAUAAAAAUAUUUAUUAGUUUUUUUUU